CCCGCGCCCCUGGCUCCGUCCGCGGAGCCGUGGACGCCCGGAGCAGCCGGGACAGGAAGGGAGCGAGGGCGGGAGUGCGGCUGCCCCGGCGGACGGCUCGCGGGCGUGCCGGGGGCCUCGGGCGAGAGCCGCGCGCUUCUCCGAGUCCUGCGCGGGGCCCUCGAGCGGGAAUGCGCGGAGCCGGGACGCGGUGGCGGGUAGGGGGGCUGGGUGGCGCGGGAGAGGGCGGCAGAAGGAGGGAGUUCGAUGAGAGUUACCGCCAGAGAGAGUGGCUAGAGCCCGCGAUCUCCUUAGAAACGCACUGGCCAAUAGCAGCAGCGGAAGCUGUUUAUGGGGGCGGAGCGUCGCCAUGGCAGCAGAAGAAGCCUUUGCAGCUGCUACUUAAUGCCGGUCCGGGGGCCACUAGCGCUCAGAGAGGCGCCGUCGGGCGGGGGGGCGACAAGGGGCGCUGGCGGGGCACUCGAGCUGGGUACAGAGAGCCGCGGGGGGUGGGAGGAACUUCUUCCAGAACCUUCCUUUGGCCCGGGUUGCGCUCUGAGCCAGGAACCACACUGGUCUUCCGAGGAGGCGACCCCCUGGUCGCGGGAUGGAAGCGCGCGUCCGGGAGGCCCUGUAACUGGAGCCGCGGGAGUCAGCGGGCAGGAGAGCGCGGCGGGCUACCCCCGGCUCAGCCGUGGAUGUUGACCGCCCCCUCGGAGGGUCCCCGCAGACAUGGCGGAGAGCUGGCUACGCCUCUCGGGUGCAGGGGCGGCGGAGGAGGCGGGGCCGGAGGGCGGCCUGGAGGAGCCCGACGCCCUGGACGACAGCCUGACCAGCCUGCAGUGGCUGCAGGAAUUCUCCAUUCUCAACGCCAAGGCCCCCGCCCUGCCGCCGGGGGGCACCGACCCCCACGGCUAUCACCAGGUGCCAGGCUCGGUCGCGCCGGGGUCGCCCCUGGCGGCCGAUCCCGCCUGCCUGGGGCAGCCUCACACUCCGGGUAAGCCCACGUCGUCAUGCACGUCGCGGAGCGCUCCCCCGGGGCUGCAGGCCCCGCCCCCCGACGACGUGGACUACGCCACCAACCCGAGUGUGAAGCCGCCCUACUCUUACGCCACGCUCAUCUGCAUGGCCAUGCAGGCCAGCAAGGCCACCAAGAUCACCCUGUCGGCCAUCUACAAGUGGAUCACGGACAACUUCUGCUACUUCCGCCACGCUGAUCCCACCUGGCAGAAUUCCAUCCGCCACAACCUGUCCCUGAACAAGUGCUUCAUCAAAGUGCCUCGGGAGAAGGACGAGCCCGGCAAGGGGGGCUUCUGGCGCAUCGACCCCCAGUACGCCGAGCGGCUGCUGAGCGGGGCCUUCAAGAAGCGGCGGCUGCCCCCGGUCCACAUCCACCCGGCCUUCGCCCGCCAGGCCUCGCAGGAGCCCGGCGCCGCCCCGUGGGCCGGGCCGCUGACCGUGAACACCGAGGCCCAGCAGCUGCUGCGGGAGUUUGAGGAGGCCACCGGGGAGGCGGGCGAGGGCAGGCUGGGGCACAAGCGCAAGCAGCCGCUGCCCAAGCGGGUGGCCAAGGUCCCGCGGGCCCCCAGCACCCUGCUGCUGACCCAGGAGGAGCAGGGCGAGCUGGAGCCCCUCAAAGGCAACUUUGACUGGGAGGCCAUCUUCGAGGCCGGCGCUCUGGGCGGCGAGCUGGGCACCCUGGAGGCCCUGGAGCUGAGCCCGCCGCUGAGCCCCGCCUCGCACGGGGACGUGGACCUCACCGUCCACGGCCGCCACAUCGACUGCCCCGCGACCUGGGGGCCUCCGGUGGAGCAGGCGGCCGACAGCCUGGAUUUCGACGAGACUUUCCUGGCCACGUCCUUCCUGCAGCACCCCUGGGACGAGAGCGGCAGUGGCUGCCUGCCCCCGGAGCCCCUCUUCGAGGCCGGGGACGCCACCCUGGCCGCCGACCUGCAAGAUUGGGCCAGCGUGGGCGCCUUCUUGUAAGAGGCCAGGCCCCGCCCCCAGAUCCAGACAGUGUCCGCGUCAGGGCCCAGAAUGCAACCCCCCCCCCACCCACCCGGCACAGGCCCACGGACACCCUACCGCCCCGGGCAGGGGCUGGGCCAGGUCUCCCGAGGCUGGCCCCACGAGGCCCUGCGGCCCCCAGCCCGGGCUGCCUUCAGAUUCCAGCCCAGGAGGCUGAGAGCCGAGGCCCGGGACCAGAACUGCUGCCUCCCCGGCCCUCCCCCCGGCCGCACACACAGUGUUUCGUUGAUCCUCCUCUUUCCUGCCCCAGGGACGGGCUCCGGCCCCGCACAGUGGGGGCUGCACAUGGAGGGGCGCUGGCCUGAGCUGGGGAGUGACAGUACAGGGCCCGCCCCUGGGUGCCUCAGCUACGACACCUCUCCCUCCUCUCCCGCUGUCCUCCCCAGGUCUCUAUCCAGAGAAAGAUCCCAGGUACAACAAAUGCUAAUUAGGUGACAGCAAAUUAACCCCCUGGAGGCCCCUCCGGGCAAAGCCUUCCCCCUGGGCCUGGGGAAGGAGGGGGGAGGGGACAGAAGGCAGAGACAGAAUGAGGUCGGGGAGCCUGGUGGGCGAGGAGGUUUUCUAAGGCCUCUGGGGUCUUUGCCUGGCCCCAUCCCUAGAGGUGGGGGCAAAGAGUGUAAAUCCCUAAUCUUUGAGGCAGAGAGCAGUGGGGGAGUUGGGGUUCUGGGGGUUGGGGGCAGGGGCAACUGAGCUGCAGUGGGGAGGGGACAGACAGACUAAUGUAGUGAGUGUAGCUGUAGCUGAGGCUUAACUGGGAGGGAUGGAGCUUGCUAGAACCUCUGGGACCAGGAAUGGUGUGGGGGGGGGGUGGAGGGGGGGACGGAUCGCCCGCAUCCCUGCCCGCACUUGCUGAGGGGGGAGUGUCCCGCUCUCCCCUGAGCCCCUCAGUCUGCUUCCCACAUCCACCCUCCUGCCCUGUGGGGCAACCUAACCUUUUUCAUGGAAAGUUAUUUACAAUAAAACAUUUUUAAAAAUAAAAUUUUUAAAAAUCUGAAAA